AUGUUGCAGCCGCUUGCGGGCUCAUUCAGGAACUCGCAAGCUACCUUCAUGGUUAGCUCACCUUCCUCAACAACAUCGCCUUCCUCUGGAACCUCUCCCCACUCAUCUCUCUCGCCUUCGCCGCUUUCAGGAUCGCCCACGAUGGGACCACGGUCUGCAUCCUCCCACUACUCGAGCUCUCCUAAACAAUCGGACCAUUCGAGUCGCCCCGCCGGUUCCCGUCAUAACUCAACGACCGAAAAUCGCCAGUUCAGGCUUCAAUACGACCUUAAGAAACUCGUCCCCAACCAGAGCAUUUUGAUCCGCAUUCGGGGGCUCGAAAAGUCGAUGUCAGCGGCAGAUAUCAAGGAACUGUUGGAGCCUUAUGGUCAGAUCGUCGAUGUCACGAUCGAACGCCCAGAGUCCUCGAGUAUGAGCUAUGCGAACGUCCGCCUGAAGGUCCGCAAACCCGACAUCGACAGCAUCCAAGCGGCUAACAUUGGUGGAAAUUCCCUUGACAUGGAGAUUAUCACACCCGCGCGGAAUCGAUAUAUGACCGACAUGGUGGCACAAAAGCUGGAGCUUGGACUGAAAUUGGCUCAGGACACAUUUUGCUCCGAGUUUGUCGCCACCGCUAACGUCGUCGUCCAGUUCCAGCACCAGAGGCGGUGUAUCAAAAUCAUGUUCGACCGGCACUUCAAGGAUACCACGAUACAAUACCACGUCGAAAUGAAGUUCCAGGACAUGGACAAGGGCUCGAUCCAGGUCGACACUCUCGGUGAUGUCGCAGCGGUCACGAUUCAUUUGCGAUACCCCCCAACCUACUGGAGAUACGACCCUAACAUGGACAACCAGGAUGAUUCCAAGUGGUCCGUCAACUCUUGCCUUCGACGCGUGGUUGACAUUCCCAGUGAGAACGGAGAGUUUACCAACAAGGGCAAGACAAACGGGACAACCCAAGGACGUCCACCGGUGGAGCCCAACCCUUCCAACCUUUGGGCCAAACUCGGCAAGUGGACUGUGAUCCGAUUCACCGUCGACCAAGAAUCAGCUCCUCAGUUGGACAUAUUCAACACGCAGUGUAGAGAGUUCAAUCUGCUCACACAGACCCUCUCCCCCCUUCCGCCCAUCGUCACACAGCAAGGUCAGGGCGGCGUUGGACCGCUGAUGACGGCCUCCCUCAACAAGCUUCCCUUUGAGACCCGGUACAUGCUCGAGUCUGCCUUGUCGUUCAACUAUAUUGUGGACUAUGAACUCACGCCAGAGGUUAUCAAGAUGCUUAGCAGCGUGGAACCAAUCAAGGCCGCCACGAUGCUGGAGCUUAUUGUCGCGUCCCGAGAACGUGUCUGGAACUUGCAGGACUACCUUCGACAUGAGGAACAGAAACUGGCAAGGAUCUCGACGCGACCCCGCAUUGUGCCUUCACAGUGUGUUUUCCUCCGCAAGGUCAUCGUCACCCCUACCACCAUGUACCUCCAGCCACCAACCGUCGAGACGUCCAACAGGAUUAUUCGCCAUUACUCCCACCUGAGCGACUACUUCUUGCGAAUCGAGUACUCUGACGAGGGCAACAACAAGCUGUGGUCCAGGGACGCGUCGAGCAAUAUGAACAACGCGAUUUUUAAUAGAGUCUUUACGACACUUACGGACGGGAUCAAGAUCGGUGACCGCGUCUACGAAUUUUUGGCCUUCUCGGCGAGUCAGUUGCGCGACAAUGCGGCGUGGUUCUUUUGCUCAAAGGAAGGGAAGGAGACGCCCGACACGAUUCGCAACUGGAUGGGCGACUUUUCUCACAUCAAGUCCAUCGCCAAAUAUGGAGCGCGUAUGGGUCAGUGCUUCUCCUCGACCAGGGACAUUACUCGGCUUCGAUCGACAGAUGUGGAGAUGAUUGACGAUAUUGAGCACCACGACCAGAAUUUCUCGGACGGCUGCGGGCGGAUCUCGGAGGACCUGGCAAGGAUGAUUGGAAUCGAGCUCGAGAAGGAGACUACCCCGUCGGCGUUCCAGAUUCGCUUAGGAGGAGCAAAGGGUGUCCUAGUGAAAGAUGCGGCUCUAAAGGGUAACCGUGUUCAGAUCCGACCCAGUAUGAAGAAGUUUGAUGUCGCCCAUUAUGUCUUGGAAGUUAUCAAGACUUCAUCCUUUAUCCCAAGUUUCCUGAAUCGCCAGAUCAUCAUCCUUCUCACAAGUCUUGGUGUUCCCGAGAAAGUCAUUUGGGACCUCAAAGAAAACAUGGUGCGGGACCUAAAUAUGAUCCAGACGGAUGACAUGAUGGCGAUCAAGCUACUGAUCCAAAACUGGGAUGAAGGAGGCACGUCCAAGAUGCUUGUCAGCAUGAUCCGAGCUGGAUUCCUUCAACGCCAAGACCCCUUUGUCAAAAACCUGCUGACCUUGUUUCGGCAGCAGAUGCUGGAGGAGUUAUCAAAGAAGGCUCGCGUCUAUGUGCCUCAAGGCGCUUACCUUUUGGGAGUCUGUGAUGAGACGGGUGAUCUGGAGGAAGGCGAGAUUUUUAUCCAGGUCUCAAGUGUCGAAAACCCGUCCAAGUGGAGGGUUAUUGAGGGAGACUGUGUGGUGGUCCGAUGCCCGUGUUUCCACCCUGGAGAUGUUCGUGUUGUCCGCGCAGUCAAGUGCCCAUCUCUGAGCCACCUUCACGAUGUGGUCGUUUUCAAUACCAAGGGCCGCCGCGGAAUCCCAAGCAUGUGCAGUGGCGGUGACCUUGACGGCGAUGAUUUUACUGUCAUUUGGGAUCCUAACAUCGUCAGUAAUGUCAUGGAGAUGCCGCCUAUGGACUACAGUGGUCCCGAGGCGGCUCCUGCCAGUGAUGUGACGAUCCGCGACAUUUUAAAGUUCUUUGUCCAGUACGCGGUCUCGGACAACCUUGGUCUAAUCGCCAACGCCCACUUAGCCCAGUCAGACCAGCUGCGAGAAGGACCCAAACACCAAAAGUGCCUCCGACUGGCCCAGCUUCAUUCGGACGCUGUCGAUUUCCCCAAGAGCGGUAAGCCUGCAGAGAUUACGCCGGAUCUGCGACCCAAGAAGUACCCCGAUUUCAUGGAAAAGGCACCCGACAGAUCCUACGAGUCAAGUCGGGUUAUUGGGCGCAUCUACCGCGAAUGUGCCGGGACCGAGUCGUUUGUUCCCAAGGACUAUCGCCAGUCGUUCAACGAAGCCAUGUUGAUUGAGGGCUAUGAAGACUACAUGCGGGACAGCAUGGUGCAGAAGGCUCUGUACGAUCAGGAACUGAAGUCUCUCAUGAACCAAUAUGGCGUCAAAAGCGAUCUGGAGGUUGUAAGUGGGUUCAUCACGGGGGUUGACAUUAUCACGAACAAGAGAGAGUAUGAGAUCCGCAGAUCGAUCGUCCGCGCUUUCACAGCAAUCCGGACUCGGUUCCGACUGGAACUUGAACAGGAGUUUUACGCCCCUGACGCCAAGGUGGUUCCGCCAAGCAACAUCCCUUUCCUGGAAAGAAAGGCAGCUGCUUGGUAUGCCGUCUGCUACAAGAAUCUCCAACCAGGUCAGCCGUACACGUUCUGUUGGAUCGCUUGGGACAUCCUCUGCCGGAUCGCCAGUCGAUUCAGGGGAACUAUGAUAGACAAUGGUGGAGGUUUUGGACUCGGAGACGAGGACUUUAUGGAUGGUUUAGAUGGCCAAGAUAUUGUCGAGGAGCCACCGCAUCCCCCGCGAGUUGAAAUUGCCAACCACCAGGGUCUUUGUACCAUUGGACCCGAGGUGGAUGAUGACUUGUUGAGUGCUGCCAUGAAGUUUUGA